AUGAUGGUGAUCAUGGGGUUUAGCAGUGGCAUCGGGAUGCAGGCCUCGCGGCGGCUGCUCUCGUCGUCUGCGAUUGUGCGCGGAUCUGGGACGAAACAGCAGUCUGGCUUCAACAAGCGGUAUCUGGGGGUGACGGACAAGAUAUACGUUCCCACGAUGUACCGGAACCUGCCCAGUGUGUUCAGGUCGCCUCUGGUGGUAGCGAACUCGCUGAUCAGACGGAUAUACAUGCUGGGGCUGAACACGGUGCACGUGGCGCUGUUCCGGGUGCAGUCGGGCUACAAGCCCAAGUUUCUGCUGUGGAAGAACAAGGCGAUCGAGACGUACGUGGAGGUGAACCGGGCGUUUGCGCGGCGGGACCUGGAGGCGGCGCAGCCGCUGGUGUCGAUCUGGGUGCAGGAGGCACUGGAGGCGCGGGUGCGGCAACUGCCCAAGCGGGUGGAGAUGGAGUGGGACCUGGUCAAGUUCAACGGGGUGCCCAAGCUGGUAGCUGUGCAGCCGAUCAUGCUUCCGGGGCAGCCGCUGGAGAUGCUGCAGCUGGUGUACCGGUUCGACACGCGGCAGCGGCUGAUCAAGGUGGAGCGCGGCAGCAGCGAGGCGGAGAAGCUGGACCGGAACGUGGUGGACCACGUGGCCUUCCUGUGCGACGCGUCCACGGACGAGAUGCUGCUUGUUGGGACGGUGUUUGAGGCGGCGCCGGACGCGAAGCUGCCCACGACGGAGGCGAGCUCCGAGGAGACGAUCCAGCAGAUGCGCAUCUGCGGCGACAUCUACCGGUCGCCUCCGGCGCUGAAACAGCAGGCAUAG